UAACAAGAAUACAUAGAACAUGUAUUGAGGUGCUUAUUGUUGCAAAUAAAAUUGAGACAGUGAAAAAAAGAAUGGAGGCUUUGAGCUUGAACAAAAAAAUGUUGUUGAUGAUGAUUAUGACGGCUAUGAUUUGGAACAUGGCAAAAGCUGAGGAGCAUUUUGUUGGAGGGGGAAGGCAAGGAUGGAACCCUAGUAAUAACUUGACAAAAUGGUCCUUGAAUGAGCACUUUCAUGUGAAUGAUUGGCUAUUUUUUGGAUAUGAUAAGCUCUAUUUCAAUGUGUUGGAGGUGAACAAGACAAGCUAUGAAAACUGCAUAGAUACAGGGUUCAUCAAGAACAUAACAAGGGGCGGUGGAAGAGAUGUUUUUCUGCUAACUGAGGCCAAGACCUAUUACUUCAUAAGCGGAGGAGGUUUCUGUCAGCGCGGAGUGAAGGUCGCAAUCGAUGUUAAUGAACAUGUUGCACCAGCUCCUCAGCCUACUCCCCACAAAGGUUCAAAUGCUUCAAACAUUUAAAUUUACCAUUCAUCUGUGCUCAUCUUAAUCUUGAUGUGCACCAACCUCUUGGUAUAAUUUCAACUAAAUUUGAAUUGGCAUAAAGUAAAUUUAUCAUAGUAUCAAAUGGUAUCUUUGUUGGUUUU